AUGUCCUUUCAGAAUUCCUCUGGUUGUGAAGGCCUCUUUGGCGCUGCUUAUAUAUUGUCAAUGCCAGCUGAACUCCUCGGUGUAGGUGGAUUCGUUCCGCGUCAAAUUUGCUCUGUUGCUCCUUUUGCCGCAAAACUGCAAUCAAACUCUGACCCCAUGCGUUUCGCUCUCGAAUCAUUUACCUUAAUGCAAGUAUCAAUCUAUGUGGCCGGAUUUGGAGCUGGAAUAUUCGCCAUAUUCUUCAGCCUAGGCAUCCUGCGACGAUUUACUAAGGAUAUUGUUCGCAUUCGCAAAGGUGAUUACAAUAUUUUCAAAGGAAAGAAAAACAACGACACAAUCUUAGAUGAUGCCAUUCGGUUCUUUGGAGCUUGCGUUGGAUUUGGAUUCACCGGCACCUUAUAUUUCAUGGUGGAGAUUGCAUUGAUUGGGACUGCGGUCACUUUGCUUAUUGAACUGGAUAGAUUUAGGCACAUCAUCUUCCAUCGAGUUACCGUCGGAAUUUGGUUCUCUUCCUUCUUCGUAUCUUUGGUAGUCCAACUGAUUCAAAGACGUAUUACUCUUCUGAUCUUUGUGGAAAACGGUACUAGGAUGGCAGUACAAAAUCGCGCUCCCUUCAUGCACUACUGUUACUUCCUCAUGUUCACAGCCAUGACUAGGGCCCUGACAUCGUACUUGCUUCGAAGUAUCAAGCUAAUAUUCAGAUAUCCUAUUUUCUCUAUUCGAGUGGACCGUAACGCUGAAACAUGGGGUGUUCGUCGUGGUGAUGCUGGUUUUGCUGCCUACUGUGGUAUGGUUCUGGCUGAACACGAAUAUAACAACCCAAUCAUUCUAUCUUUCAUUCAGUCUUUGGUUCAGAAAGAGGCAGCCAGUGACCAGUUGGUCAAGAAAUGUAGAAGGCACCAAGCGAAGUUUAGUGACAUUGAAAGCAGUAAUAUGGACAAGGGACCAAAGGAAGCAGUCAAAUCCAAAGCGCAAAAACGUGCACGCACUCGCUGGUUUCUUUUUGUAACGCUGAUAAAUAAUCCUACGUUGCUGAAAGCCCGUAUGGCUUCUCAAAAAGUAGUAUUGAAGGAGGCAGAAAUGUCAUAG